GCCGCGGGCCCGCAGCGGUGCAGCCGGCGGCGCAGGCGCUCGCCGUCCCUGCCGCGCUCCUGGAGACGCGGGACAUGGCUCCGCCCCCGGCGCCCGGCCGGGACCGUGCGGGCCGGGAGGAUGAGGAUGGCUGGGAGGCGCGGGGGGACCGCAAGGCCCGAAAGCCCCUGGUGGAGAAGAAGCGGCGCGCGCGGAUCAACGAGAGCCUGCAGGAGCUGCGGCUGCUGCUGGCGGGCUCCGAGGUGCAGGCCAAGCUGGAGAACGCCGAGGUGCUGGAGCUGACGGUGCGGCGCGUGCAGGGCGCGCUGCGGGGCCGGGCGCGCGAGCGCGAGCAGCUGCACGCUGAAGCAAGCGAGCGCUUCGCCGCCGGCUACAUCCAGUGCAUGCACGAGGUGCACACGUUCGUGUCCACGUGCCAGGCCAUCGACGCCACCGUCGCUGCAGAGCUCUUGAACCACCUUCUCGAAUCCAUGCCACUGCGGGAGGGCAGCAGCUUCCGGGAUCUGCUGGGGGAUGCCCUGGCCGGGCAGCCUGGAGCCCCCAGGCGAAAUGGCUGGCCCACGGGAGGGGCUCCGGGGUCCCCUCUGCCCAGCCCCCCAGGUCCUGGGGACGAUCUGUGCUCUGACCUGGAGGAGGCUCCUGAGGCCGAACUGAGUCGGGUGCCUGCUGAGGGGCCAGACUUGGUGCCGGCGGCCCUGGGCAGCCUGACUACGGCCAGAAUAGUUCAGAGUGUGUGGAGGCCUUGGUGACCAGCACCAGCCAGGGACCUACGUGGUGGGCCCAGCCUUCCCAUGCUCUACUCCCUCCUCCCUGGGGUUCAGAUGUAAUGGGGCAGGGCUCUGGUUGUCUCCCAGGUCUGCUCUCACUCUUCCGUCAAUGGAUGGCUUGCAGGGCAGCCCCUGAUGAGCAGCCCAGUCAAGCCCCUAGCCCUGUCUCGAGUAACUUUUAUGGACCCUACUGCUCUGGGGUGGGUGGAGGGAGGGAGCUACAGGCAGUAGAAAGUGCUGUAGAGCUACCAGAGCUCUCCCAGGUUCUCCUUCCCAGCCUUGUCAGACUCUGUGAGUCACACAGAGGUGACCUGAGUGGUGCUGAGCUGCUUCUUGGUGCUGGGCACUAGUGUCCCAGGUAGGGUCACUCAGGCCCUGGCAGCCCUGGUCUAAACAGAAGUUUGAAUGCGCUGCUUCAGCCAAGAGACUAGGGGGAGGCAGGUGCAUUCUGCUGUACAGCCGGGAGCUGCCGGAAAGAAGGGAGGAGGCUCUCUGUACAUCCUGGGUGUAGCAAGCUUGAGUUUGUGUAUUCAGUUGCCAUCAAAUGUUCCAAUUUUAUUAAAUAAAGAAUUUUGGAGUUA